UGAAUUGUCAUUUCUUUGUGUAUGCAAGUACAUGUAAGAAAUGACAAUAAAUUGUUUCUGAUUCCUGAGAGGAUGCAGAUUUCAUUGUGCGAUGCUUAAAUGCUUUGUUAUGCUGGCUACCAGUAACAACUCACAGACAGUCAUGCGUUUGUGUUCUUUGUGUUUAUUUCAGAAACUAUAGAGAUAUGCUCCGUUAUGCUGUACCGUUUGUACUGCUGGAACUAUUACCACUCUGCAAGUAAAGGACUUAACUCAAACUGAUGAUUCUGUGCUCUCUGACCGGAGCCCUCUAGUGGUCAAUCAUCCAACCAACCAGUUUCAGGGGUCCAAUACCCAACAUUAUGUGCUGCUUUCAGAUUGGUAUCCAGACAGAACCAACAGCUGCCAACAGGUUAUAGUGUGUUGUCUCUCCUCGUUCUGCUGGUCUACACUCUGCUAUGAAUGUGUCUGAGGAGAGAGAGGAGGGAGGUUCUACCUCCAAAACCACUCUGUCUGGGGAACAUGACAGCCAGACCAAAGCUAAGAGUCCAGUCCAUCUGGAGAGACCAGUCUCCCCUGUACCCAGCUGUGUGUCCAUGAAGAGUGGCUGGUCUAUGGAUCCACCUGUUACAUUCAGAGAUGGACACCCCUCUACUGAACAGAGCAGGACCCAUCAGGAGAGACCAGGCUCUAGUCUGCAGCCCUCCCCGGCUCUGAAGAGGGGGCGGAGCAGCGACCGGGACGACUCGGGAGAGGGGGGGCCAAGUACAAUUCGGAGAAAAAAGGGGGGAAAUGAAAAAAGAGAAAAAGAGAGAGCAGACCCCCCUGUACCCAGCUGUGUGUCCAUGAAGAGUGACAGGUCUAUGGAUCCACCUCUUACAUUCAGAGAUGGACGCCCCUCUACUGAACAGAGCAGGACCCGUCAGGAGAGACCAGACCCCCCUGCACCCAGCUGUGUGUCCAUGAAGAGUGACCACUCUAUAGGACGAAUUAUUAAUUUCAAAGAUGGACACCCCUCUACUGAACAGAGAGACCACCAGGAGAGGUCAGAGGUUCUCAGUGGUCAGUCUGUCCAGGAGCAUCAAACAGACCUGGACUCCAUAUUUAUGCUGCUUGAGGAGAACAUUGUCACUUUUGUGAAGAAGGAGCUGAAGAGGUUCCAGAAGGUUCUGAGUUCAGAUUACCCAGAGUGCUUAGGGAGACAGAGGAAAGAGGAGGAGCAGAGCAGGAGUACCAGAGAGGCACUUCUGAAGAUCACCCAGCACUUCCUGAGGAGUAUGAAGCAGGAGGAGCUGGCUGCCCGUCUGGAGAGCAAAAUCCUUGUUCCCAUGUGCCGGAGUAACCUCAGAGCAGCUCUGAAGGAGAAGUUUCAGUGUUUGUUUGAGGGCAUCGCUAAACCAGGAGAGUCAACACUUCUGAAUCAGAUCUACACAGAGCUCUACAUCACAGAGGGAGGCAGUGGAGAGGUCAAUAAUGAACAUGAGGUCAGGCAGAUUGAAACAGCAUCCAGGAAACCAGCAAGACCAGAAACACUGAUCACAUGUGAGGACAUCUUUAAACCCUUACCUGGACAAGAUAAACCAAUCAGAACAUUGAUGACAAAGGGAGUGGCUGGCAUCGGGAAAACAGUCUUAACAAAGAAGUUCACUCUGGACUGGGCUGAAGACAAAACCAACCCCAAUAUACACUUCACAUUUCCAUUCACGUUCAGAGAGCUGAAUGUGCUGAAAGAUAAAAAGUUCAGCUUGGUGGGACUUCUUCAUCACUUCUUUAUUGAAACAAAAGAAGAAGGAAUCUGCAGCUUUGACGAGUUCCAUGUUGUGUUCAUCUUUGACGGUCUGGAUGAGUGUCGACUUCCUCUGGACUUCCAGAACAAUGAGAUCUGGACUGAUGUCACAAAGUCCACCUCAGUGGACGUGCUGCUGACAAACCUCAUCAAGGGGAAACUGCUUCCCUCUGCUCGCCUCUGGAUAACCACACGGCCUGCAGCAGCCAAUCAGAUCCCUCCUGAGUGGGUUGACAUGGUGACGGAGGUGAGAGGGUUCACUGAUCCACAGAAGGAGGAGUACUUCAGAAAGAGAUUCAGAGAUGAGGCGCAAGCCAGAAGAAUCAUCUCACACAUCAAGACAUCACGAAGCCUCCACAUCAUGUGUCACAUCCCAGUCUUCUGUUGGAUCACUGCUACAGUUCUGGAUCACGUGUUGGGAACAGAUGAGAGAGGAGAGAUGCCCAAGACCCUGACUGAGAUGUACAUCCACUUCCUGGUGGUUCAGUCCAUCCAGGGGAAUGUGAAGUAUCAUGGGAGAUCCGAGACAGAGCCACACUGGAAUACAGAGAGCAGGGAGACGAUUGAGUCUCUGGGGAAACUGGCCUUUGAACAGCUGGAGAAAGGCAACCUGAUCUUCUAUGAAGCAGACCUGACAGAGUGUGGCAUUGAUAUCAAAGCAGCCUCAGUGUACUCAGGAGUGUUCACACAGAUCUUUAAAGAGGAGUGUGGACUCUACCAGGACAAGGUCUUCUGCUUUGUCCAUCUGAGCAUUCAGGAGUUUCUGGCUGCUCUUUAUGUCUUUCUCUCAUUCAUCAAAACUAAAGCCAAUCUGCUGUCAGAAACCCAGUCAACCUCCUGCAGGUCUAAACCACUUGGAGAUAAACGUAAAAAACCAGACCUCUACCAGACAGCAGUGGACAAGGCCUUAGAGAGUCCAAACGGACAUCUGGACUUGUUCCUGCGCUUCCUCCUGGGCCUCUCACUGGAGCGCAGUUGGAAUCUCCUGCGAGGCCUGCUGGGAAAGGCAGGAAAUAAGUUAAAGACCAAUAAGAAAACAGUCCUGUACAUCCAGGAGAAGAUCAGGGAGGAUCUCUCUCCAGAGAGAAGCAUCAAUCUGUUCCACUGUCUGAAUGAACUGAAUGACCAUUCUCUAGUGGAGGAGAUCCAACAGUACCUGACAUCAGGAAGACUCUCCACAGACCAGCUCUCUCCUGCUCAGUGGUCAGCUCUGGUCUUCAUCUUACUGUCUUCAGAAAAGGAGCUGGAGGUGUUUGACCUGAAGAAAUACUCUGCUUCAGAGGAGGGUCUUCUGAGGCUGCUGCCAGUGGUCAAAGCCUCCAGUACAGCUCUGUUGAGUUACUGUAAUCUGUCAGAGAGGAGCUGUGAAGUUGUGUCCUCAGUCCUCAGCUCCUCCUCUAGUGUGAGAGAGCUGGACCUGAGUAACAAUGAUCUGCAGGAUUCAGGAGUCAAGCUGCUCUCUGCUGGACUGGGGAGUCCACAAUGUAGACUGGAAACUCUCAGGUUGUCGGGCUGUCUGGUCUCAGAGGAAGGUGUUUCUUCUCUGAUCUCAGCUCUGAGCUCCAACCCGUCCCAUCUGAGAGAGCUGGACCUGAGCUACAACCAGCCAGGAGACUCAGGAGGGAAGCUGCUCUCUGCUGGACUGGAGGAUCCACACUGGAGACUGGACUCUCUCAGGCUGGACCAUGCUGGAGGGUGCAGGUUGGAGCCGGGUCUGAGGAAGUAUGCCUGUGAACUCACACUGGACCCAAACACAGCACACAGACGCCUCCUUCUGUGUGAGGACAACAGAAAGGUGACAUGGGUGAAGGAGGAGCAGUCGUAUCCUGAUCAUCCAGACAGAUUUGACUCCUGGACACAGGUUCUAUGUAGAGAAAGUCUGACUGACCGCUGUUACAUGGAGGUACAGUGGGAAGGACUUGUUCAUAUAGGAGUGACUUACAGAGGAAUCACAAGGAGAGGAAGAGGUAAAGACUGUUUUCUUGGAUUUAAUGAAAAGUCCUGGAGUCUGAUGUGUACUAGUGAUAGAUACACUGCCUGUCAUAAUAAUAGAGACACAAAGAUAAGUAUCUCCCCCUCCUCCUCUGACAGAGUAGGAGUGUAUCUGGACUGGUCUGCUGGAACUCUGUCCUUCUACAGAGUCUCUUCUGACACCCUGACACACCUCCACACCUUCACCUCCACAUUCACUGAACCUCUCCAUGUUGGGUUUAGGGUGUGGUCACUUGGCUCCUCAGUGUGUGUGUGUUAGAUGGAGGAGGUAGAGACGCCUCCUGUGUCCUGGAGGAACACUCACACUCCUGCCCACACACACCUGCUGACAUGAUAGAUCACUCUGUACACACACACACACACACACACACACAGGUGUAGUUGGGUCCGAGGUGUUUGUGUUAUGUACCCAAACUAACACACAUAUCCAAACUAACACACAUACCCAAACUAACACACACACAUCCAAACUAACACACACAUCCAAACUAACACACAUACCCAAACUAACACACACAUCCAAACUAACACACAUACCCAAACUAACACACAUAUCCAAACUAACACACAUAUCCAAACUAACACACACAUCCAAACUACCACACAUACCCAAACUAACACACAUAUCCAAACUAACACACAUACCCAAACUAACACACAUACCCAAACUAACACACACAUCCAAACUACCACACAUACUCAAACUAACACACAUACCCAAACUAACACACAUAUCCAAACUAACACACAUACCCAAACUAACACACAUACCCAAACUAACACACACAUCCAAACUACCACACAUACUCAAACUAACACACAUACCCAAACUAACACACACAUCCAAACUACCACACAUACUCAAACUAACACACAUACCCAAACUAACACACAUAUCCAAACUAACACACAUAUCCACACUAACAUACAUACCCAAACCAACACACACAUCCAAAUUAACACACAUACCCAAACUAACACACAUACCCAAACUAACACACUGUCCUUUGCAAUACACACUGAAAAUGCAUAGAUUCAACUUCCAGUAGCAAAGUAAGCAGGAAUUGCCAAAGGGUUGAGCUUUGAAUACUUUGAGGGAUUAAAUCAUGCUUUACGUUAUGAUCUUUUAAGAUUUUUGAUACCUUCUCCACACAAUUUCUUUAUUAAUUUUACGGUGAAUCAUGUUCUUUUUUUAUCACUUUAGUUUUUAUUGAUGUUUUUAGGUCAAUCAUCCGUAUUCAGAAGUAAACAUUGAAUUAUCUACAUUUACUUGCACACAAGCCCAACAGGGCAACUCAAAACAAACAAACAAAAAAACACACAAAAAAAUGAACUACAUGAGCUUCCUGUGUUUCGUCUAACUUUCCAGUCUUAAGUGUUGUCAUGAAUUAUGUUGUCGCGUGUUUGCUCCUUAAACCAUGUCCAUUUCUUCCACUGGUCUUCCAUCCGAGGUACUGUAAGUCUCAAUCGAUGAGUCAGUUUUUCCAUUGUAUGAAUGUCCUCCACUAUUUCCAUCCAUUGUCCUUGUGUGGGGGCGUCCACCUGGCACCAUUUUCUUGUGAUUGCCUUCUUAGCCGCAAUCAGCAGUAUCUUAACCAAACAUCUAUCACUUGGCCCUAUAUCGUCGUUUUUAAAAUUACAGAAACAGAGGGUCAUAUAGCUCUUAGGGAAGUCAUAUCCCAGUACCUUUUGUAUUGCAUCAUGUACCAUCUCCCAAAACAUCGCUAUCUUAUUACAUUUCCAAAAUAUAUGCGAGUGGUCUACAUCCUCUGUUCCACAUUUCCUCCAGCAUGACAGUUUGGUGCUGGAGUAUCUAUUUUUGAUUUUUGGUGUAAUAAAAAAACGUAUCAGAUUUUUCCAGGAGAAUUCCCUCCAUAUCCCCGAACUAGUGGAGGAUUGAUGAACUUUCCACAUAUUCUGCCAGUCCUCCUCUGUAAUUUCUGUGUCAAAUUCUAAUUCCCAUUUUUCUUUUAUAUACUAUGUAGUUGAGUGUUUAUUAGUUGUGAGAGCUUGAUAUAGUACAGAUAUAGUCCUAGAUUUUCUCCCUUUAUAUGCGUUAAUUAUAAUUUGAAUCACACUGUUCACCUCCAUGGAGGGUCCUCUCCUGAUACGUUUGUUGUAAUAAUCCCUUAAUUGUAAAUAUCUAAAGAAGUCAUGAUUCUCCAAAUCAAACUUGACUUUCAUACCCUGAAAACUCUCCAUCUCCCCUUUUUCCUCUAGAGUGCACCAUGCUGUGAUUCCCCAGUUAACCCACAAUUUGAAAACUGUAUCAUGCCUCGCUGGAGUAAAGUCUCUAUCAUAUGCUACCCAUCUCAAUAACUGUAUCUCAUCUUGUAAUUUGUUGAUUUUAAUCAAUUUAAACCAUAACCCCAGUGUAAAUAAUGUGACUGAAUCCAUGUGGGUUUUUGUUUUCUUGUAUACUUCUUUAUCUCCUAAAAUAUUCUGAAUAGGGUACCCACCAUAUUCCCUUUCCAUGACUUUCCACUUUGCCAUGUAAUCUUGCCUACGCCAGUCAACAGCAUAUCUCAGCUGGGCAGCUUUGAAAUAUUCUUUUAGAUUUGGUAAACCCAUACCUCCCUUUUCCUUUGAGAGUUGGAGAGUUUCAUACCUUACUCUGGGCUUCUUCCCUCCCCAAAUAAAUUUAGAUAUUGUCCUAUCCCACCUAUCAAAUUGAGCUUGAGUCACCUCUAAAGGCAACGAUUGGAAUAGGUAAAGAAGCCUUGGUAGAAUAUUAAUUCUAACUGUCUCAAUUCUUGAGCUGAAGUCAAGUGGCAGAGUGGACCAUCUAUCAGUAUCCUUUUGCAUCACAUCGUUGAUCUUGCCGUAAUUUGCUUUAUGUAAUUUAGACAAUUCCUUGGUAAUGUAAAUUCCCAAAUAUUUGCUUUUGUUUAGAUUCCAAUUAAAGUCAAAAUUUCCCUUGAA